GGCAUGGGUCCGAGCUGAGUGGACAAAGAUGAACCUGUUUUGGGUGUGAAGGAAGGAUAAGGUCCGAGGAUUCUCAAGGCCUUGCUGCUGGAGAUGGUGUCUCUUGGCUCUGAGUGUGAUGGUUAAAUGGGAAUCAAUCCUUGAAAGCACAACUUGAGCCAGAGCAGUCAAGCAGAGUUACCGGAGGGACCUUGAGUCUUCAGGGUCAACUUGUCUCCAUGUCCAUGCUUCAAGAGAUGAAACUCCCAGGGGAGCUAGAGAUGGCUCAGUCGUUGAGAGCACUGUUGCUUUUGCAGUGGACCCAGGUUUGGUUUCUAGCACCCACAUGGUGAUUCACAACCAUCCCUAACUCCAAUUGUAGAGGAUAUAACAUCCUUUUCUGAACUUCAUGAGCACUAGGCACACAUGUGGUACACAUAUAUGCAAGCAAAACAAAAAAGAGACAGCCCCCACUUCCCAUUCUACCCUCUCUUUAAUCUUGCACAAGGUAAUAAGGGGAUCUCAUCUCUCUUUUUAAAAUGGUCCCACUUUGCUCAUGCAGGGGUAGUCUUGUGUAGACUUGGUGUCUAGUCCUUCCUUUUCCCCAGCUCUGCUUUCCAGAGAUACCAACUUCCUCCAGGAGAUAAACCGCAAACAGGAAGCUGCCCCUACAGGGACUAAACUUAAAGCCAAGUCUCAGUUUUCAGUUUAAGAGACCUGCCCUGGGUGCUGUUUCCUCAUUCUCUGGGUUUGGUGACAUUUGGGGAUGUGGCUGUGGUUUUUUCCCAGGAGGAGUGGGAAUGGCUCAGCUCGGAGCAGAGGAGUCUGUACUGGAAGGUGAUGCUGGACAACUACAAGAACCUGGCGUCCCUGGGACUUUGUGCUUCUAAGCCAGAUAUGAUAGCCUUGUUGGAACAAGGAAAAGAUUGUUGGAUGAUGAAAAGAAAGAUGACAAGAGGCCAGUGCCCAGACCUGAAGGCUUUGCAGGAGACCAAGGAGUUCCCUUCAGAGGACUUAAGUGAAGAAAAGUUAUCCCAGGUAGUGCUAAGAAAACAGCUGCUGCAUUGUAGAUCCAAGUGCUUCAUGUCAGGGGGAAACUGGAAUGGUGAUGAUGCUGUGUUCCAGACACAGAGGAGCUUGAAGACCAUUAUAGAUAUGGCUAGAGACAAUUCUCCACAGCUUGUGUCAGCUCAGAAGAGUUUCUGUAAGAAAGUGAUGUGGAAGAGCUGUGAUGACCUGAGAUCCUUAGGCCAGCAAUCUGUGCAGGAAGCCCAGGAUUUGGUUCCAAAGCAGGACUCAAAUACUGAAAAGAUAACAGACAGAACUUUAAGUAGUAAAUUUGAGUGUUCCACCUUCAGAGAAGAUUGGGAUUCAGAGUGUGUGUUAGAAAGGAAUGGUCAAGACACACCAUUUGAGCAAGAAACAGUUACUCAGAACAAAAUCUUCUCAGAGGAAAGAGGUAGUGUGUAUGUUAAAUCUAGAAGAUGGUUUCAUUUGAACAGUUCAGAAGAGAGAAAUCAUAACUGUGAUUCAGGUAAAAGUUUUCCCCAAAAUUCGAUAGUUGUAGAAGAAACAGGAAUCUAUGCAGGAAAAAAACUUUUCACGUGUAAUGAAUGUAAGAAAACUUUUACCCAGAGCUCAUCCCUUACUGUUCAUCAGAGAAUUCAUACUGGAGAGAAACCCUAUAAAUGUAAUGAGUGUGGGAAGGCCUUCAGUGACGGUUCCUCUUUUGCACGACAUCAGAGGUGCCAUACAGGCAAGAAGCCAUAUGAGUGCAUUGAGUGUGGCAAAGCUUUCAUACAGAACACUUCCCUUGUCCGUCACUGGAGAUACUAUCACACUGGGGAGAAACCCUUUGAUUGCAUUGAUUGUGGUAAAGCCUUCAGUGACCACAUAGGGCUUAAUCAACAUAGGAGGAUUCACACUGGUGAGAAACCCUACAAAUGUGAAGUGUGUCACAAAUCCUUUAGAUAUGGCUCAUCCCUCACUGUGCACCAAAGGAUUCAUACUGGAGAAAAACCAUAUGAGUGUGAUAUUUGCAGAAAGGCCUUCAGCCACCAUGCAUCACUCACUCAGCAUCAAAGAGUGCAUUCAGGAGAAAAGCCUUUUAAAUGUAAAGAAUGUGGGAAAGCUUUUAGGCAGAAUAUACACCUUGCUAGUCAUUUGAGGAUCCAUACGGGGGAGAAGCCUUUUGAGUGUGGGGAAUGUGGGAAAUCUUUUAGCAUCAGUUCACAGCUUGCCACUCAUCAGAGAAUUCAUACAGGAGAGAAGCCUUAUGAAUGUAAGAUUUGUAAUAAAGCAUUUACUCAGAAGGCUCAUCUCGCACAACAUCAAAAAACUCAUACAGGAGAAAAACCAUACGAGUGUAAGGAAUGUGGCAAGGCCUUCAGUCAGACCACUCACCUCAUUCAACAUCAGAGGGUUCAUACUGGAGAGAAGCCCUAUAAGUGUCUAGAAUGUGGGAAGGCCUUUGGCGAUAACUCAUCCUGUACUCAACAUCAGAGACUUCACACCGGCCAGAGGCCUUACGAGUGUGUGGAAUGUGGAAAGGCAUUUAAGACCAAGUCAUCCCUUGUUUGUCAUCGUAGAUGCCACACUGGAGAGAAACCUUAUGAAUGUAGUGCAUGUGGCAAAGCCUUUAGCCAUCGGCAGUCCCUUAGUGUACAUCAGAGAAUUCAUUCUGGGAAGAAACCAUAUGAAUGUAAAGAAUGUAGGAAAACCUUCAUCCAAAUUGGACACCUUAACCAACAUAAGAGAGUCCAUACUGGAGAGAGAACGUAUAACUACAAGAAGGGCAGAAAGGCCUUCAGACAGACUGCACACUUUGUUCACCAUCAGCGAAUUCAUUCCAGAGAGUCAUCCACUCACCCUCCUUUGCCUUCCACAUCAAAUCCUGUGGAUGUCUUCCCCAAAUUCGUCUGGAAUCCAUCCUCCCCUUCAUCAUCAUAAUCUCAAAGCAUCAUUAUUUCUGCUAUACUUGGUUAACAACUCCUCUCUCUGCCCCUUUGUUCACUUUGUCCCUUACAAGUUCUUCAUGUUACAAUCAGGCUGGGUUAUUUUUGGAGUAUAAAUAUAACUAAUCUGCUCAUAUAAAACUUACAUUCAUUGGUUAAUGCCAAAGAUGUGCCUGGUCCAUACCAAUUACUCAGCAGACUUGGGUCUUUUAUAAGUUUCUUUUUGAAGGUGGAAAAUUUAUUGUAGUCAGCUCUGAUGAAAGCGAUGCAAUAGAAUGAGGUUAGGAGAAAUCAGGUUUUAGAUCAGGAAGGGAGUUCUUUGAAUUGUUGAUGAGGCUUGCUUUUCCUUGAAAACUUGGUUCUAAGCCAGGGGUAUGGUGGGCUCACCUGUAAUCCUGAAUCCUGAAUGCAAGGCCAGCUCCAUGAAACUUAUUGAGACCCUCUCUCGAAACCAAAUCAAAACAGUUGAUCCUACGGUGCUGAAUUGUACCAUGGUUUUGGAUUGGAGCUAUAGGAAAUGUAAGGUAAUUGAACUUCUAGUGAGGAAGUUCUAUGAUACACUUGACAAUAGCCUUAAAGGGUAGACAGCCUGGAACAAACAAAUUAAAAUAAUUGGAAAAGUGAAAGAUUUUUAUAUGCAUGUAGUUAAAACUACCAACAAAUUGAAUAAUGAGAAAGCACUGAAGGAUGUGAUCUAUUUAAAGUCAUGAGUUUGGCAAACUUCCAAAUCGGUAAACUGAUCUACAAUAGGGGGCAGCAAACUGACUUAGAGUGAAAGUCUCGCUGGUUAUUUUUGGAGGGCCAUACUCUAAAAUUCUGAAAAUAUGUUUAAGUGCUUUUAAAAAUUGGAUGAAUGUUUUCUUUUUUAAAUUUUUAUUAUAAUUUAUUACAGUUUAUUCAAUUUGUAUCCCAGCUGUGUCCUCCUCCCUCAUCUCCUCACAAUCCUACCCUCCCUCCCUCUUCUCUCUCUAUGCCCCUCCCCUAGUCCAGGUCGAAUAUUUUCAACAUGAUAAUUAUGUGAAUUGACAUUUUAGUGUUUGAAGGUGAAGUGUUGGCACAAAGCAUCAUGUUUACUUCCAUAUUGUUUGUGGUGCCUCCAUUUACAAAGGAAAUCUGUCCUGUGAUGAAGACUGGUUCAGAGAGAAAAAAAGAUGAUGCCAGAACCUUUAUGGAAAAUGUUUGCUGAAUUGUGCAAAAACAGUUGGUCUGUUUUUGUAAAUAGAGUUUUAUUGAGUCACACCCAUGGUCAUUGGUUUACCAGUGAUCUUUGGCUGCUGUUUUACAGUGGUAGAAUUGAGUAGCUGCACUGGAGACUGUAUGAUCCCAUUAAACCACAAAUAGUUACAGCUGAAGAGUAGAGGAGAAUGUACAAAAGUUUCUAAUCUCAUGGCAAUAAUAAACCCUGACCAAAAAUCAAAACAACAACAACAAAACCCAAGAAUAUUGGGUCAGUAUGAUGACUUAGCCAAUAAUGGUAUCUUUUGCCAAUCCUGAUAACCUGAGUUUAAUCCUUGGAACUCAUGUAGAUGGACUCAUGAGAGUCCUCUAACCGUCACAUACAUUAGUUUGCAUGCAUACCUCAGACACAAACAAUAGGUAUUUAAAAAACACAACUUAUAAGUUAAUUUAUGAAGAGAUGAAAUUAUUAAAUGAAAUAAAAGUCUAUAAAAGAGAAAUGUAUUUAGAGGAAAUGUUAAAAUGUUUUUAAAUUAUCUUUCCAAAACAGUCCCAUGAGCAUAUGUGGACAACAUCAGGAAACAAUUAGGCAAGAAUAUAAUUUUUUUUUUAAAGAUUUGUUUGUUUGCUUAUUUUGAGGCAGAAUCUCUCUUUGUAGCUUUGGUUGUCCUGGAAUUUGCUAUGUAGACUAGGCUACCUUUUAAUUCAGAGAACUGUCUACCUCUGCCUCCCAAGGUGUGCACCAUCAUGCUUGGCUUUUUAUUUGUGUGUGUGUGCCACAUGUUUUUCCUUUACCCACAGAGGCUAGAAGAGAGCACUGGACCCUCAAAUGAACAACUCAGAGCAGGAAUUUAAAAAAUUAAAUACAUUAACCCAAUCCAAAGAUAUACUGAUUGGAUACAUGCUGAGGAAUGAGGGAGGAAAAUAUUCAAACCUCUUUAUGCUACUUUAAGAGAGGAAGCUUUGUAUCUAUAGUGCAGUCACUGUGGUUCAUAAUGUACAAGUCUCACACCUCAAUUGAGUACCUUUGUUGGCACUGCAUGGUGUAGCAACAUACACAGAACAAAGUUCACAAGUUGUGUUUUCAGAACCAGAGCUUCAGGGGAACCGUGUAGUGCAACAUUGGAGACCAGACCAGACCUCAGGUUCAUGUUGAAUUCUGAAUUUUUGGUUGCUGUGCGUUCAGAAGCCUAUUAUUGUUUGCAGCAUUCAGUGUUUACAUUCAGUUGUGAAUCGUAAAGAAGCUGGGAUUUAGAGUUCCCUGUGGCUUGUGGUAUGGAGUGUGGGGAGCAGCCCUGGCUGUGUCUGUGCCUUUAGGAGCUGGAGAAGUCAGCUACCAUAGUGGCACACUUGAGGUAUGGUUAAGUGUUCAAAAUGGCCAACCGGAGGCUCAAAUUUUCCCAUCCAACAUCUUUGCCUAUUAACAAGAAAAUGAGCAACACUUUUACAAAUGUAAACAAAACAAAACAAAAAAACAAAAACCAACUUUACAUUAUAGUAGUGACUUUUGUUUGUUUUUGUCUUUGAGACAGAAUCUCUACAUAGCUCUACCUAUCCUGGAACUCUCUAUGUAGACCAGGCUGGCCUUGAACUCAGAGAUCCAUCUGCCUCAGCCUCCUGAGUGUGUUGGGGUUAAAGACAAACACCACCAUGCCUAGCUAGUAACUUUUUUAAAGUUUGCUUUAAUUAUUCUGAACACUUGCCUGGGCCACAAGGAAGGCAUAGUUCUCCCCUAUCUGUUCCUCAGCUACUAUGUGUCAAAACACUCUUGUCACUAAAAAUAAAGCCCUGAACAGGAUGAAGAUGUGCAUAAUGUUCAGCCUUGUAGGGAGGGGUAAACACAGGGAUGAGGGUAGGUUAUGUCAGGGAGCAAUAACUAAUGCAUGAAAUUGGUUACACAUAGAAAUCACAAGUACACAAAAUCAAAUAUUUUUAUCUUUUAGUCUGCCCCUGAUGCCUUCUAAGUCUCUCCCAUUGCCCACAGCUGUCUUCUACUCAGAAGCCACAGCUGCCUCGUUGGCUUUAAAGCUUGGCUUCCCAUUUUGGCUCUGUCCAGUCCUCAUUUUCCCAAGCUGAUAGUCACGCCUGAGUGGGUGUUGUAUGGUCCGCUUGUCCUUCUGGAUCGAACACGAGGCUGAGAGGGUUCUAGUGACUUAUUCUGAACUGGGAGACAUCACCUAGGGAAAAGAGUGGAGACUAAUUUGCUCACUGGAGAGGCUCCUUGUCAUCCUGGGAUAAUCUUGCUCAAGAGUCACUGGGCCACGACUACCUAUCCCAAGUUCCAUUGCGGGGGACCACUAGAUCACCUCCGGUAUAAAUCGGAAGUCACUGACGCUUGAAACCAGGUUCAGAGAAGAAAUUAUUGAUGGAUAUGGGGUGGAAGUUAUACUUGAUCUGGGAAAGCUGCAGGGAGUGGUGUGCAGGCCGGUGCGAGUGUGGUCUGGCGUCUGUGGAGCUGACUCGCAUGUUUUUUGUGAAUGUGGUGAUGUGGGACUGACUGGAAGGAGACUGCAGGGAAGUGUGGUACAGGAUGCAUGCUGGGAGGGGCUUGUGUGGAAAUGAGUCUCCCUGCUUGCUUGCAGCAGCUUGUGGGGGACGACUGUGGGUACUGGAAUGAACGAAAAGAAACACUUCUAAGUGGUUGAGGCUACUUAGGUAAGGAUGAGAGAUAAUUUGGGUGUGGCUAAAGAAGUGAAAAAUUGAGAUUUGAGGAAGAUUUUAUUUGGAGUGCCCAGUGCUGGAGGACUGUGUGGGUGGUCUCCGGCGCUGGUAAAAUGCAAUCUAAAGAUUUGGAAGGUCUGCUACUGGGUAGCUGAAUUCAGGAAGUUGCCCAGACCUACUUAUCCAUACCCUGCCAUCUAGGUCUUCGUGUUACCCAGAAUUUGGAGGAGUGACUACCAUCUAGCAGAACUUUUCUUCAGGUUGCUCUACUGUUGUCCUGGGACAUCGGCAUUUUCUUUUUCACCUGUCAGGUCCAUGUCCUGUCAUGGUAUGGAGAGUAGAUUCACAGUUGUAUUUAGAAAUGCCAAGGGACCCCAACCUUUUAUUCUGUGCACGAAUAUAUUCACUUUUCCCAGACUUCUCUUACUUCCUUUCUGUCACUGCCCACCCUAGCGACAAAGUGGGAGGGGACAAGAAAUGCUGUUCAUAGUCCUCUUAACCACCUAAAGUGUUUUAUUCAUUCCAGUACACUAUGCCUGCUUCCCUGGAUACAAUUAUAAUAGCUAAUUUUUAUUGAGUGCUUAUUAUGUGGCAGACACAGACUGGAUCUUGUAGUAAUUUAGAACUUUUGGGAGUAUUAAAAAGAGGGUGUGACGUAGGAAAUACCUCAACUCCGUCUUACAAAUGAGGACUCCAAAGCACAGAGUGGGCAAGUAAUCACUAGGAAGCAGAAAAGGCAGGAUUCAGAAUCAGGAAAUGAUGACUCCAGCCUCCUCCUCUUUACUUGCUGUCAUUACAUUCACUCACUGUUUAACACCCUUUGACAUGGAUCCAGAUGGUUAAGUUGAAUAUUAAGAGUUUAUACUUCACACUUUACUCCAUGAGUUUGGAUUUUUGUUUUUAUGACUCUUAGUUCUUAUGUUAAAUGGAAUAUUUUAAUAUCAUAUAGUUUGUAAGACUUUUCACAAGAAUUAAAUGAGUUCAUACAUACUUGGUGUGGUCUCUGUCACAUAUGAAUUUAUUAAAUGUUCAUUUAUAUUACAAUAUUUUGAGAAGGCCAUGAAAUUUGUACUAAGGAAGCCAGAAUCAGGGGCUAAACAGAUGUGUCAGCAGCUAAGGGCAUUGGCUGCUCUUGCAGAUCACCUGGGUAAAAUGUAUGGUGGCUUACCACCAUACAUAACUUCAGUUCCAGGAGCUCUAAUGCUCUCUUCUGACAUCCUCAGACUUCUGCAUGCAUGUGGUCCACAUUUGUGCAUUCAGGUACACACCCACAUACAUACAGUGAAAUAAAUAAAUAUUUAAAGAAGUUUACAAUUAAUUCAGCUACAUGCCCCCUUCAUAAUUAAAGGAGUGAGUCAGAGCAGGUAACAAGGGACUUCAUCAAAACUCCUCACAAAACAAAUUGAUGACUGAGUCUCAUGACAAUUCUCUGAAAUCCACAAGGGAUGUUUGUUUUAUUGAAGUUAUAGCCUUUGGGGAACAUGGCUUCUGUUGGAAUUCACCUCAUCAAAUCUUGAGUAGUUAGUUUCACCAGGACAUUUAUUUUGUGGUGUCCACUUGAAUAAUUCCAGCACUCGGGAGGCAGAGGCAGGCAGAUCUCUACUUAAAGGCCAGCCUGGUUUACAGAACAAGUUUCAGGACAACCAGGGCUGUUACUGAGCGAAAUCCCAUCUAGAAAAAGAACGAAACAAACAAAAGGGAGUAGUGGAGUCAGGCAGACCUACCUUGGUAACUAUUUCUCAUUACUUAUAGGCUGUUUGAUUUGGAAAAGCUUUCCCAGAGAUUUCAUAUGUAAGAUGGUGAUGUUAUUCCCUACUUUCUUUGAAGAUUGUGGAUAUUAAAACAAUUAAAACAGUGUUUAAAGGAUUAUAGAGAGAUAGCUCAGUGGUUAAGAGCACUGGCUACUUUUCCAGAGGACCUAGCGUUUAUUAUCAAUACUCAGAUGAUGGCUCACAACUGUCUGUAACUUUAGUCCCAGGAAAUCCAAUGCCCUUUUCUGGCCUUCUUGGGCCAGACAUCCAUGUGGUACACAGACAUGCAUGCAGGCAAAACAUCCAUGCAUUUCAAAUAAGAUAAUUUUUGUUUUAAUUAGAAAAAAAUAUAAAAUAUGCUACAUACCCAGUACAUCUCUGUUAAUGAAUAGGUCUGGCUGGGAAAAACAUUGAGAGAUUGGUUGAUUGUAUUCAGCCUGAAAAUCUAUAGUGGAAGGGAAUUUCAGCUAUGUUUUUAGGUUUCUACUGAAUAUCUGGUUGGUUGGUCUCAGUCUCUUGAUCUGUCUGUCUCUGUCUCUCUAUCUUUGUGUCUCUCUGUGUUGGUGUUUCUGAGCAGUAUUUUUGCAGCUUGAUCUCCACAACUUAUUUCUCCUCCAUCACUUGUAUGUUUUGAGGGUGAAGCCCCUCUACAAAGAAAAAACCAGGAAGAACUCAAAGUGACCAGAAUCAAGUUGGUUAAAGUCAUGUCCCCAGUGAGGGAGUUAGUAUUUUCUCUUUCCUUACUAAUUUAAAGUCUUCUGUUUAAGAAUUUGGCAAGGUUUGUUUCCCUUUGAAAGACUUUCAAAGCCUUCCCCUCAUGGAUGUACUUCCUUUAGAAAGCUCCAUUUCCUAAGGAGUGCAUACCUUCCCCAAACUGCUUUGUCAGCUAGGAAAUCAAGGGCUCAAAUAGCUGAGCCCAUGGUAUUUUUCAUUCAAACUACCAGAAUUUUUUUUAUUUUGUUUGUUCUGAGACAGGGUUUCUCUGUGUAUUGCCUUGGGCAAUCUGAACUCACUUUUUAGACCAGGCUGGCCUUGAACUUACAGAGAUCCACCUGCCUCUGCCUCCCAGAGUACUAGGAUUACAGGUGUGCACCACUGAGCCCAGCUCAGAAAGUCCAUUUUAUUUAAGUUCCUUACCUCAUUGGUGAAGGAUCUUUGUGAAGGAUGUAGUGGACUCACAGCUGAGAGGGGAAAAUAUUGAAAGGACUUGGGAUUCCCUAGUUGUGUGUGGAAUGAGGUAUUUUUCCAUUGAAAAAUAACCAGGCAUAACCAGGCAGCAAAGUCUAGUUAGUAUCUAAUUACCUUUGAGGCAAUUCUUGCAUACAUUCUUUUAUCCUGUAAUAAGAACAGUAUAACUCUUUGCCUUACAUCCACAUGAGACCACAAACCUGAGCUAAGAUUUUGUUUAUGUCAUUUUAGGGCUUAAUUACUCUCAUAGAUGUGGUCAUAAACUUCCCCCAAGAUGAGUGGGAAUGGCUGACUCUUUCCCAGAGGAGUUUGUACAGGAACCUGGCUGCAGUGCAUAAGAGUAGCACUGAUGCUCACUGUGACUCAGUGUCUUCUCCUGCCUUAUCUAUUUUCUGACACCAUCCUUCUUGAAGAUCAUUUAGAUCAACUGUAGUUCUUGCUUGCAAACUUCAUUGUCAGCUUUUAUAUUUUAUGCACAGGUCUUUGUAUAUUUUUUAAGGAUUUAUUUAUUUAUUUUUUAUGUCUGAGUGUACAGAGGUGUUGGAUAGCCUAGAACUGGAGUUAUGAAUGGUUGUGAGCCUUCAUGUAUGUGCUGGGACUAGAACCUGGGUCCUCUAGAAGAGUGGUCAGUGCUCUUAACCACAGAGCCAUCAUUCCAGUCCCAGGUCUUUGCAAUUCUAAACCAGAUGCAAAGACUUGGGACUGGAAUGAUGGCUCUGUAUUCAGAUCUAUCUGAAUACUAUAACACCAUGAGAGAAAUAAAUAUUGUAACAAAUACUCAAAACUACAAUACUAUGUGGUAAGUGAAUACUGUGUAGCAUAAAGAUAAAUUUGAAGGAGGCGGUAGGGCAUUUUGGAUGUGGGCAACCUCCACGUGGACAUUGGAGCAAGAGAAAGAACCAAGGAUGAUAAAAGGAGAGGUGGCCAGAGGUCCAUGCCCAGGUGAGUGCAAGGUGAUUAGAGCUGGAGAAGUUAUACUUCAGGGUUUCUUCUCUUUGGUAUUAUAAAAUUCCUUUCAGACUCUCUACCAAAUUGAUGUUGGCUGUAGUAGGAGUUUUUGAGUGUUCCUUCUCCACUGGUAUAACCUACCAUAUUUACCUUUAUUUAUUUCCUAGACAUACUGAAGUCUGUUUCUUAACUCUUAUUCCACCGAUGUUUACAUAGGUGAUCAGGUGAACUUGAGCUGUAUAAGGAAGCUAGCUGAGUGUGAGCCAGUGAGUGAUCUAGAGAGUGAGUCUGGGGGCAGUAUUCUUCCAUAGCUUCUACUUCAGCUUCUGUUUGGGUCUUGUCCUGAUUUCCUUCAAUGGUGGACUGUGAUCCAGAAAUGUAAAUUGAAAUAAAUCCUUUUCUCUUUUAA